AACACUUGGCAAGAGAAAGGGAAGUGUCUCGUAGGUUUUCCCUCUUCGGUGAGUUAUUGUACGAUAUGGACGACCAUAUGAAGUACAAAUAGAAAAUUUAGCAUACGCCCCACAAAGCGGUCGAUCGAACAAAGUCGAUUUGCAAGUUUAACCACCAUUGUCCCAGUGAGUGUGUGGCUUGUACUCUUCAGCCAGUACAAAGCGUAUGACGAUGCAGUGUCUACCGUCGUCGCCGACUGUCUCGUCAUCCCUUGUGACCGCCGAUAAGAAAUAAGACUGAUUGGCAAAAAAUACCUUCACGUCAUCGGGUAACGAACCAACACGCUAUUCUUUAGUGGCGGCAAGGAAACGGUUCUGUUCGUUGGCAAUUCGCUACAUUCCCAGGGGACAGCUGCUCAUCGAUGCACAUCCGCCACAAACGACGAUCGGUGCGACACUCCGCAGCAGCAACCCCGUUUCUUGACCUUCGCGUGAAAAGACCCCCCGUGCAAACGCGUGCUCUCUUAAUUGGGUAAACUCACUCCACUUCCCCAUCGAAUACGUGCUAGGGGAACAAGCGGUGCCGGCCACUGUUGGAAAGCAGGAAAAUAAAAGGCUAAAGAACUCCUUAACGAAGUACCAUGAGCACCGUCGAAGACGUACUAGUAUUGAGCAAUGAGACUGUGAACAAUUCUACCUUUUUCGCAUAUAUCGGACAAUACAUAGACUUGGAUUAUUCCAUCUGGCUGUACCGGUUGCUGACACCGGUACUGUUUACAUUCCUAUUGCCUUGCGCAUUCGUGCUGCUGAUUUAUUGUACCAUAUCCUUUCUCUACAUUUACAAGCUGCACAGUCGUUUUAUAUUGCAGGUGUACAAUGAGGGAGAUUUUAACUUCUGGGACGUCGCCCGAACCUUGGUGGCCGUGGUCUGGGAUGCGCAUGGAUGGAUAUUUCAUGGAUAUGAAGUAUGUGGCUUGGAAAAUCUGCCCGAAACAGGGCCGGCCCUUAUCAUCUACUACCACGGUGCCAUUCCAAUCGAUAUGUACUACUUUACCGCACGGGUUUAUCUAAAACGGCAGCGUUUGAUCUACACCGUUGGUGAUCGAUUCCUGAACAAAGUGCCCGGUUGGACGUUGCUAGCCAGGGUAAUGAAAAUAAGUCCCGGCACGGUGCAAUCGUGUGCGAAUGUAAUGCGGGAAGGCAACUUGCUCUCCAUAGCACCGGGCGGCGUGUAUGAGGCACAGUUUGGCGAUAGUAAUUAUGAGUUGUUGUGGAGGCGAAGAGUUGGAUUCGCAAAAGUUGCAAUUGAAUCAAAAGCUCCAAUUAUUCCGAUGUUCACCGAAAAUCUACGCGAGGGUUUCCGCUCCGUUGGCUUAGCGAAACCACUCUUCAUCCGGCUUUAUAAUGCGGUACGUUUCCCGGUGCGUCCCAUCUACGGAGGCUUUCCGGUAAAGUUCCGUACGCAUCUGGGUGCACCGAUACCGUACGAUCCGACGCUGACGCCUGAGGAGUUGCAGGAAAAGGUGGCAUACGCCAUCGAAGAGCUUAUUAAUAAAAAUCAGCGAAUUCCGGGCAGCAUAUUUCAUGCGCUUCUGGAUCGUUUUGUCAGCAAGAAAAAGACACAGUGAAAUGGUGUGGGUGGUUAUAGAUUUAGCGGUCCCAGGGGAAGUGCUCGUUCCUAAUGGGAUCCUCGUAUUCGUUUACGCUUUGAGCAUGUUUUCCUUACUUAGAUGAUUUAGGUUUUAAGGUGCUAGAGAUUAUGAAUGUUACAAAACAAAAAAUGUGUAAAAGAACCAAACAAGGUGUAUUUAAUAAAACCGUACUUAG